GUGGUGGGGUGCUUCAUUCUGUUCAUGGUCGCCGCUCUUUGGACAUGGCUCAGCCUUUCCAGAUCCGACGAGGAUCCCAAACCCAGCCACGUGGUCUUCCUCACCAGCAAGUACCAGCGCAGAUACGCACUCUUCGAGACGGAGCGCUUGAUCAGGAAGACGCUCUUCACUUUCAUCGGCGCCUUGCUGCCCAUCGACUCCUCGCCAGCGUUGCAAAUGGGCUGCCUAGGCAUUGUGGUUUCAGUGUCGCUGUUUCUGUACUGCCGCUACAAGCCCUACCACUCGUCGGAGUGGAACUGGAUCGAAAUCUGCUUGCUCUUCGCUGCGACGGUGAUGAUUACAAGUGUGUCCACUUUGCCGCAUUGCGGCGGUGGCAAGCUGCUUGGUGAAGCAGCGAAGGUUGACGUAUUGUCGAUGGUGUUGAUUGUUGCUGCUGCUGCUGCUGCUGCUGCUGCUGCUGCUGCGUCGACUAUAGCCUCGACCUUUGCAAAGGGUGGUGAAAUGAAAACGACGGUGCGGCAGCUCCUGGAAACAGAGGCCGAGGGCGUAACGUCUCGACGUGCCCGCCCGAUUGCAGAGGCUUCGAGGUCCCGAAACCUUGAGCCCGCGCUGCGUGAGGCAGCUCCUGUCGAGGCCGAAUACUCUCACUGCGAUGGACUUCCGGACAAUGGCAGCCAUGUCAUUGACACGGCACGCAUCUUCAACACCAGUUGCACCUGGCAUGGCAAUCCAGGGCUGCAGGUGACCCUCAAGGAGACGCUGACCUUCCAAGGCGAUUUGGUGUUGAAGGGUGAGAUACAGAUCAUGGGGGAGCAGGAGCUGGAAGGUAUCAAUGUGAGCGGGAAGAUGACGGUGAUUGCCGCGAACGCCAGCUUCGUUGGCUGCAGAAACAGAAUGGAGGAUGGAAAAGGCGGAGCUCUGUUCGUCCAGCGAGACUUGAUCGUCAGCAACAGCGGCGUCAAGUUCGAGAACUGCAGAGCAUCAGCAGGCGGCGGCCUCUACACUGGCGGCAGCUUCUUGCAAGAAGCAGAAAGCACGGUGAUCUUCGAGAACUGCACGGCUUUUGGUUCGAGCGGCGGAGGUGCACGCGUGAGCAAAAACUUCACACAGGGACGCAACAGCUCCGCCAUCUUCCGCAGCUGCAGUGCGCAGUACCAUG